CCGUAGCCACCAGAUUGCGGUGUUGCAGAAAUCCAGCUUUCGAACGGCUGACGUGCCUUGGGGCUCUGCUCUCGGGUCCUUAGUGGCGGCUUCUGAGGGCGGGGGCCGAGGGACGAGGUUCAAUCAGCAUCGGAGCUAGUCGAUCGUUUGGGUAGCCUCCGACUGGUAACUGCUGGACUCGAUUGGGGUCUGGGUGCUCUUCGUUUCACUUCCGUAAGACCCUCACCUGUUUACUGCAGAAUUGAUUCAUGGUAGCAGGAGCUGCUUUUGAGUUGUUCUGCUUCAGCCAUGUCGCCGGCUCCAGGUGCAGCCCUGGCUUCUGCCUCGGUCUCACUGUUGGACCUCAGCUCGGAAGCUCUACUCGUUCGGGGCUUGAGCCUGGUGAGCCAAGUUCCCGAGGAGGCUCUGGCCCGGGCGUCGCGUAUUCCCUGCCCAGGAGAGAGCACAAGUUCAGGAAGAAAAGUAUCCCCAAGUUCUCUGGAUAUUUCAGAGAAAUUAUUUUGUUCAGCCUGUGACCAGGUCUUCCAGAACCACCAGGAACAGAGAGAACAUUAUAAACUCGAUUGGCAUCGCUUUAACCUAAAGCAACGUCUCAAGAACAAGCCUGCCCUGUCUGCUUUGGACUUUGAAAAGCAAAGUUCGACAGGAGAUCUUUCCAGUAUUUCAGGUUCAGAAGACUCAGACUCCUCUAGUGAAGAGGACUUGCCGACACUGGAUGAGGGGAGAGCUGAGUUUGAGAAACCUAACCGACCACGAGGAUUCUACCCACAUCGGGUCCUUUUCAAAAAUGCCCAGGGCCAGUUUUUUUACGCUUAUCGCUGUGUCCUAGGCCCUCACCAGGUUCCCCCAGAAGAAGCAGAAUUGCUGAUACAGAACCUGCAAAGUGGAGGUACCAGAUACUACGUGGUGCUCAUGGCUGCAGCUGGGCAUUUUGCUGGUGCAGUUUUUCAAGGAAGUGAAGUGGUGACACACAAAACCUUUCACCGCUAUACUGUGCGGGCCAAGCGGGGCACAGCGCAGGGGCUUCAGGAUGCCCAGGGUAGGGCAUCACGUUCUGCUGGAGCCAGCUUGAGGCGUUACAAUGAAGCCAUGCUGUAUAAGGAUGUUCGUGACCUGCUGGCAGGGCCAACCUGGGCUAAUGCACUGAGGGAGGCAGAAGCAAUACUGAUACGUGCCCCACGCUCUGGCCGGUCCUUGUUCUUUGGAGGCCAGGGGGCACCCUUGCAAAGGAAUGACUCCCGACUUUGGGCUAUCCCCCUUACUACCCGAAGACCCACUUUUGGAGAGCUUCAGCGUGUGCUCCAUAAGCUGACCACCUUGCAGGUGUAUGAUGAAGACCCUCGAGAAAUGGUCAGAUUUCAUUCACCUGAGCCAGUAAGAGAGGAGAGGAAAAAGGCUACUGAUAAAGAGAAAACAAAGGUCCCCAAUGAUGAAAAUAAGGCACUUGGGCAGGAUGAAGAAUCACUCAAGCAAGAUUCAGAGUCUCAGGAAGAAGAUGGUUCCCAAGUAGAGUUGGAGCUAGUAGAAUUGACACUGGGGACCCUGGAUCUUCGUGAAUUUGACGUAUUGCCCAAGCGGAGGAGGAGGAAAAAGAAGGAGAGAAAUCAAGACCAGCAGUGUGGGACACAUGUGACUUCUCUUCAGCAACCUCAAGAAGAUGCACCAUUGCCACAGCCAGACCAAGUGGUUGCAGCCCCACUGGACAGUUUGGUUGAUGAGGCCAAAGCCCCUGGUCAGCCAGAGCUCUGGGAUAUGCUUCUAUCUGCUUGCCGAGCUGGGGAAGUUGAGGUGCUAAAGCAGCAGCUACCUCCUGGGCCUGUAGACUCUGGAGUUCUGUCCCUACUCAGUGCCCCAUUGGGCUCUGGUGGCUUUACUCUCCUGCACGCAGCAGCCGCAGCUGGAAGAAGCUCAGUAGUUCGCCUGCUGCUGGAGGCAGGCGCUGACCCCACUGUGCAGGAUGCUAGGGGUCGGCCACCUUAUACCGUAGCAGCUGACAAAUCAACACGUAAUGAAUUCCGAAGGUUCAUGGAGAAGAAUCCUGAUGCUUUUGAUUACAACAAGGCUCGGGUGCCAGGGCCACUAACUCAUGAAAUGGAGGCCCGGCAGGCUACAAAGAAAAAGGAGCAGAAGGCAGCUCGACGGCAGCGGGAGCAACAGCGGCAGAAGCAGAGGGAGCAGGAGGAACAGGAGCAAGAAGAGCAACGGCGAUUUGCUGCUCUCAGUGACCGAGAGAAGAGAGCUCUGGCUGCAGAGCGCCGACUUGCUGCCCAGUUGGGAGCCCCGAGCCCUUCAGUUCCUGACUCUGCAGUUGGCAAAGCUGGACGCUGUUGGAGUUGUGGAGUGUCCCUCCAAGGCCUCAUUCCCUUUCACUACCUCGACUUCUCUUUCUGCUCCACACGUUGCCUUCGAGACCAUCGCAGUCAGGCAGGGAGGUCUUCUUCCUGAUUUCUUAUAGCCACCUGGGGCAACUCUAGGCCCUGAGAGGACACAUUCAGACCUAGAGUUUUUUUCCUCCUCAUGAAGCUCAAGGUUAUGUGGAAGAUGGGGGUGAAGGACACUCAGGAACAAGGGCAAAGCCAGGGCCACAGAGGUGUGUGGAGCCAGUACUGUCUUUGGAAUUUUAAUCACAAUAAAGUUUGGCAAGAAAACUGUAUCUGUACGUA